AUGAAGUGUGUCUCAAAAAGCAAAACUAUUGCUCGAGUGGAUAAUGGAUUAAUUUCCCAAUACAAUGCUGAAAUCAAUUAUAGGAAGAAUGUACUCAAAAGGAUUGUUGCUGUGGUGAAGUUUUUGGCUUCAAGAAGACUUGGAUUUCGUGGUGAUGAUGAAAUGUUGGGAUCUCAAAAUAACGGUAAUUAUUUGGGAUGCUUAGAAUUAAUAAGCGAGUUUCAUCCUUUUCUAGCUGAUCAUAUACAAAACUACGGAAAUCGUGGAAAAGGAAGUACAUCAUAUUUUUCUGCAAAUAUUUGCAAAGAAUUUAUUAAUAUAAUAGGAAAAAAAAUGUUAACAACGAUUAUUAGUGAAAUAAACGCAGCAAAAUACUACUCAAUAAGCGUCGAUUCCACACCAGACCUGUCUCAUGUAGACCAACUCACUUUUAUUGUACGGUUUGUUAAAGACGGAAAGCCUAUUGAGAGAUUUUUGCUAUUUUUGCCUAUCGAAGAGCAUAAAGCGCAAUACAUGGCAGAUACGGUUUUAAACUUUUUGGAAAACCUUAAAAUUCCAAUAAAAAUUGUCGUGGGCAGAAUUACGACAACUCCGCAAAUAUGGCAGGAAAGUAUUCUGGUCUACAGGCAAGAAUUAAAGAGCAAUGUAAAUUUGCAAUUUUCGUCCCAUGUGCAGCACAUUCGUUGA